UAACUGCAAAUGUUAAAUUCAUUUGUAUUUGAAUGGGUAACAUCACAGCAGCUCUACGGAAUGCCAUGGAACAUCUAGAUAGAAUUUACUCUUUGAACGGGAAAACGAUUAGACGCUCGCAGAUGCCCGUGUCAUGUGCUGCGUGUGCGUCGGUGUGGGUUUAUGCGAGUGUGUGUGUCUGUAAGUGUUAGGUUUGCAGUGAGUUUUCCUUGUUCAUAGUGGCGAAUGUGAAAGGAAGUGUUGACAGUUUGUUCGAAUAAAGAGAAAAGGAUUGCGGCGUGUAUUCACAGAAGGUGUCAUUCCGUACUUGUGUAUUAAUACACAUACGAUGGCUGAGUCUGGCAUUGAUCUUGAUUACGACUUGAAAGAACUUGACAUAAUAGAUUUGGAAUUAUUGGGGUUUGAAGACUUUGAAGACAAUAAAACAUUUCAUAUUCCACAGUGCUAUGAACUCAAAUCCAAAACACUUCCUGAGAGGAAGCAGCGGCGCGAGCAGAGGCAGCGGCUGCGAGCGACGGGCGGCGGGGGCGCGCGGCGCGCGGUGGGCGGCGGCAGUGGCGGCGGGCGCGCGGGGCCUUCCGGAGCGGCCCGGCCGCGCAGUGCCCACCCCGCGCGCCCGGCCUCGACCCUCGGCGCCGCGCGCCACGCUGUUUUAAAAUUAAAAUGUAUUAUUGUGUUGCGGCGAAAUAUGUAA